GGCGGACACAAUGAGCCGGCGUCUCGCCGGUUGCCCCUGAGGCGGCUGAGGACGAACAGUCAGCUAGGCCCCACAGUCAAGGCAGAAGAGCGUCGCCCAAGCAGGAGGAAGAGGAGGAGGCGACCCAACUGUCGGCCGCCCUCCCGCCGGCCCGGCGCCUGCCCCGCUCGGGUUGGCCCCUCGGCAGCCCGCCCGCUCGCUCGCCGCCGGGCCCCGCCCCGGCCCUGCGUCGCCGCUGCCUCCAGCAGCCGCCGCCAUGAAGCUGACCGACAGCGUGCUGCGGAGCUUCCGCGUCGCCAAGGUGUUCCGCGAGAACUCGGACAAGAUUAACUGCUUCGAUUUCAGCCCUAACGGCGAGACGGUUAUCUCGAGCAGCGACGACGACUCCAUCGUGCUCUAUGACUGCCAGGAGGGCAAACCAAAGAGAACCUUGUACAGUAAGAAAUAUGGUGUGGACCUCAUCAGAUACACUCAUGCAGCAAACACAGUUGUUUACAGCUCUAACAAAAUAGACGAUACUAUUCGUUACCUGUCCUUGCAUGACAACAAAUACAUCAGAUACUUUCCUGGACAUAGCAAAAGGGUGGUGGCCUUGUCCAUGUCACCUGUGGAUGACACUUUCAUUUCUGGGUCUCUUGAUAAGACCAUUCGACUCUGGGAUCUCCGGUCUCCUAACUGCCAGGGCCUCAUGCAUCUUCAGGGCAAGCCAGUUUGUUCUUUUGAUCCAGAAGGGUUAAUUUUUGCUGCAGGUGUCAACUCUGAAAUGGUCAAACUUUAUGACCUUCGUUCUUUUGAUAAGGGGCCAUUUGCAACCUUUAAGAUGCAGUAUGAUCGGACUUGUGAAUGGACAGGACUUAAGUUCAGCAAUGAUGGCAAACUCAUCCUCAUCUCCACCAAUGGCAGCUUCAUCCGUCUUAUCGAUGCAUUCAAGGGAGUGGUGAUGCAUACGUUUGGGGGUUAUGCCAACAGCAAAGCUGUCACACUGGAGGCUUCAUUUACUCCAGACUCUCAAUUUAUUAUGAUCGGUUCAGAGGAUGGCAAGAUCCAUGUUUGGAAUGGAGAGAGCGGUAUAAAAGUAGCUGUGUUAGAUGGUAAACAUACCGGCCCCAUUACCUGUUUGCAGUUCAACCCCAAGUUCAUGACCUUUGCCAGCGCAUGUUCCAACAUGGCCUUCUGGUUGCCCACCAUUGAUGACUGACCCUGAUGCUGCUCGGCUAUUUCUGUACAGUGAAGGCGGCCAGUAGGAGAAAACUCAGAGGGGACUGAGAUAAUAUAAUAGUGGGAUUGGAUCAUUUGACUGGGCUGGAGAACAUCCUUUCACAUGGCCUUCCCAUCGAUGUGCUGUACAUCUGCGCAAAAGAACAAAAUGACUUUGCUGAGCUUCUUCAAAAGGACUCUUGGUGCAGCAGACUCGGUUGGGACUUAGCUUUUCUAGCUGUCACUGCACCAAGCUCCUCCAGAGGAGUGACCAGACUCGCGAUUAGGGUAUAGUGGGGCUCUCAAGACACCUUCAAGUUUGAAUGUAUUUGCUGCUGAAGAGCCAGUGAAGUCGUCAGUUCUGCACAUCUCUUCUCCCACCCCCAUAAUGCAUGGGAAGCCACGGUCUUGGUUUUGGGAUGCUGGGGCAGCUCAGUGCCCCUUGCCCUCACCCUGCAUGUCUUGUUACUGGGUCUCCCUGUGUAAUUGUGGCAUUAUUCCACAGCCAUCAUGUUUCUUAGGUGCCAAACAUUUACAGAAAUAAGUCUUCACAUAUUUUGGGGUCAAAGAAAGGGACAGAUACAGAAGGACCUUGCUUGUCAGGAAGCUGUGCAGUUAGUUGUGUGAGGGUAGGUGUUCUGGGCAGGUCUUGGGCUCUAGGUACUAGGUGGGAAAAGGCCCAAGAGCCUGAAAGGGAGGAAGGGGGUAGCAGGUGAGUUCUGGUGCAGUACCCUGUAGUCAAGACAAACCCAUGGUCCUCCUGGAUGCCUACUGAGUUUGGUUUGUACAAAAGCAAGGUGGGAGUCUAUUUUUGUACAUGAGAUACAUCACGCUUUCCUGUGGGCCAGUAUUGUGAAGUGAGUCUGAGUUGUUUACACUGAUGCCUUCCCUGCCGACCACAAAUUGUGUACAUAGUCUCCAGAUGAUACCACCCCUCUCCUCAGCUCCCAACCAGGAGCUGGUUCUAGGCCUGUGUUAUAUGUUAUAUUUAGCCUUUUUAUAUAUGACCUUUGAUUUCUGUUGUUUGUAUUUUAGCAGUGUGUGCACCUGUGUUUAAAUAUAUCUGUGCAUACAUAUAUGCA